UAAAUGUCAUCGUUGCUUAUUGGCUGUAUUUUACAACCAAGCUGAAUGAAAACGUCGUAUCCACUUUUAGAUUAACAUUUUGUGGGGCAUUUUAAUUUGAACUGCUCACACUGAUAGCGUUUUGGAAGUUCUCAUAGCCUAAGGUCCUCCUUUUGGCCAUAGAAAGGGUGAAUAAAAGCAGGAAGAAUGGAAUCACAUCGGCAUGGGUCAGGACCUGCCUUGCAAGUCACAAGUGGCUUUAAUGCAGUGUCUAAACCUGUCAAGACCUUCUAUCUUCGAGACAACUAUGACCCCAAACCAGCUUCACAAAGGACCCCGGUGGCAAUACGGCCACCCAGCCCAAAACCAGGUCCUCCUCAGGAGCCUUUUGUACGAUGUAAACUGUCCUGCGAACCAAAGCCUAAGCCCAUCAUGAGGAGACGGGCAAAAUCACUCUCAUCCUCCACAGACGAACAUACCUGCAGAAAUGUACAGGUCCGCUUUGUGGAUUCUCUAGGGUUGGAUCUGGAAGAUGUUAAGUUCUUCAAAGCCAGUGAGCACCCUUCGGUGCCAAUUCAUGUCAUCACAAGACUACUGGCAAGCUCUGAGCUAGCCUCCAGGAAAAAGCUAGAGCUGUCCUUACCCUACUUUCAGCCAUUCUUCUCUGACAAUAUGGGUGCCGAACCUGAUUUCUUGAGGCGCUUGUGUCAUCAGCGAGUAUGCCUGGAGCAGUUGUUUUGUUCUGAGCUGGGAAUUAUCGGAAUUGUGCAAGUACUAAACCUGGCCUAUGAGAAGGAGGUUACGGUACGCUACUCAUUCACAGACUGGAAGAGCAGUGCAGAUAGUAAAGCGUGCUGGCUCAGUACCGUGUACAGAGAUGCUGCUGAUCCAGAGUCAGACAUGUUUUCUUUUCACCUACCCGUACCGCCCUUCAUCAUGCAAUCAGGUGCCAUGCUGCAGUUUGCCAUCUGCUUUCGUGUCAGAGGAUCUGAGUAUUGGGACAACAAUAAUGGAUGUAAUUAUAAACUGGCCUGUCAGACAUACAAAUUGACAGUCCCCAGAGAGUGUGAAGAUAGCCUGGUGCAUUUCACUUGAGUCUCCACUAGAGAUGCAGUGAGAUACAACGUGCUCAAACACACAGAGCAAUGUUAUGAUAGUGCUAUGGAGCCACAGUGUUUGCACUUUUCCGGGAAUUCAACCUACGAAUGGCUCAUAGUUAUGUCUGCAUAUGAAAUCAAAGAAAGUGUUGAAAAAUAUCUAAUAAAAACCAAAAUGGCUUAGUUCUGGAUUGAUUUCCACCCAAGAGCAGUUAGCCUGUAAUACUUGAUCAGAUCAGUAUUAUUAGCCUCUUUCCCACAUACAGUCCUGGUACCUUCCCCUUAGAAACUUUCUAGAUGAGAACUCUUAAGAGGAAUUGCACACCCAAGGAGACUUUUCCCUCUUGCAUUCGCACACACAAAAGGAAACCCCGUAUUGACGUCAUCAAGUGUUGACCAUUUUCUUCAGAUGUGCGAUUCAGUAGCAACAACAAAAAAAAAAAAAAAAAAUCAACCACACCGAUGGAGGACACCAGGGUCAGAGCUACACUUUUGUUAGGGCUGUUUUACAUAAACUGUGUCUUCAGGUUACAGUCUUUACACUGAGCGCAGUGCUGUGUCCCUGAAGUCACAAUGAGAGGAGAGAUGAGGCGCCUAUUUUAACCAGUGGAAAA